AUGUGUGGAAUUUGGGCUUCACUUGGCUUAACCAACGCCCCUUCCGAAUUUCUUCAGCAACAGUUUAUGAAAAUUGUUGGUCGCGGACCAGAUUAUACAGCUUUAGAGGAAGUUCAGCCUAACGUUUUUCUUGGCUUCCACCGUCUAGCUAUUGUUCUCCCAGGUGAUACUCCUAGUCAUCAACCUAUUAUUGGGCAUGGUUUGGCAGUUGUUUGCAACGGAGAAAUUUACAACCAUAAAGAGUUGAAGAAGGGAUCCAACCUGGAACUCUCAAACAAUGGAAGUGACUGCGCCGCCAUCAUUCACUCCUUCAUCAGUAACAACUAUGACUUGAAAGCUACUUGUGCUUCUUUGGAUGGCGUUUUUGCUUUCAUAAUGGCUGACGAGAAGAACGUUUACGUUGGACGUGAUCCAAUUGGAGUUCGUCCCCUUUUCUAUGGAACUGAUCGUAACGGUGUUCUCUUCAUUGGGUCUGAAGUCAAAUGUAUCGAGAAGCUCUGUGAUAAAGUUGAAUAUUUCCCUCCUGGAUGUUGUGCCACAAUCCCUUUGAACUUCAAGGGAAAGACCAUUCCCGUUCAACAAUACUUCGUAGUUCCAACUAUUGCCGACCGUUGUCUUUCUAUGGAUAUGACCCAGGAACUAGUUCGUAAAGUUCUGAUUGGAUCUGUUGAAAAACGCCUUAUGGGUAACCGCAAGUUCGGAUUCAUGUUAUCUGGAGGAUUGGACUCCUCUCUAAUCGCGUCCAUUGCAACUCGAUUUUUGAGUGCGAAGCCAGUUGCUUUUUCUGUUGGAUUCGAAGACUCUCCAGAUUUGGAGAACGCUCGUCGUGUGGCUGAAUUCUUAAAUAUUGAACAUCGUGUUCUUGUAAUUACUCCUCAGCAAUGCCUUGAUAUCAUUCCAGAAGUAGUUUAUGCUUUGGAAACAUUCGAUCCUUUAAUUAUCCGUUGUGGAGUUGCUCAUUAUCUCCUGUGUAAACACAUCGCCGAGAUAUCUGAUGUUAAAGUUCUUUUAUCAGGCGAAGGAGCCGAUGAAUUGUUUGGAUCAUAUGCUUAUAUGCAAAAAGCUCCAAAUGCUUUCCAUUUACAUAAGGAAAUGCUCCGUCGAUUAAAACAUCUUCACCAAUAUGAUGUUUUGCGUUGCGAUCGUGCAACCUCUUGCCAUGGAUUAGAAAUCCGUGUUCCCUUCUUGGACAAAAAGUUCAUUGAUUUGGUUACUCGCCUUCCACCUACUUAUAAACUCAUGCCUAUGAAGCUUGAAAAACACGUCUUACGUAGUGCUUUCACAAAAUGGCUCCCAGAAGAAGUUUUAUGGAGAAGCAAAGAAGGAUUUGCCGAGGCUUUGGGAAAAACCGAUCUUGGAGAUAUCGUUCACAACUAUGCUUCUUCCAUCAUCAGUGAUGAGCAGUACAGCACUAGAGCUGAACGCUUUCCUGAUAGAACCCCAGAAUCCAAAGAGGAGUUCUGGUAUCGCGAGAUCUAUGAGAACACUUAUGAUUAUGGAAAAACAGCUCAUAUGGUUCACACUAAAGUUUACAGAUCUGCUGCUUGGCAUCGUGUAGAAGAGAAAGAAAACUUUAAGGAUUCUCUCGAUGUUAAAGAAGACAUUCCUGAUCUUGUGAGAAUGAGACGUCGAUCCACCGGAUCAGCUAUGAUGUCCGGUGUUGCUUAA